AUGGCGAACAUUGAACAGGCGAUUGAGAUGACCGAAAGCAAGAUUUCCGCCAGUAAGGUGCAAGUCUACUACGGUGAUACGCACGCCAUUAAAGACGUCGACAUAGAAAUUCAGCCGCGAUCGGUUACAUCGUUCAUCGGGCCGUCCGGCUGCGGAAAGUCAACAUUCCUGCGCACGAUCAACCGGAUGAACGACACGAUUGACAUAUGCCGCGUAGAAGGCUCGAUCAGGAUUGACGGCGAAGACAUUUAUGAUCCGAAAGUCGACCCCGUACAGUUGCGCGCCAAGGUCGGAAUGGUUUUCCAGAAGCCAAACCCUUUCCCGAAAUCCAUCUACGACAACAUCGCUUAUGGCCCACGGAUCCACGGUCUUGCCCGGAACAAGGCGGAGCUCGACGAUAUUGUCUCCUCCAGUCUUCAAAAAGCCGGUCUUUGGGAAGAGGUGAAGAACCGUCUGGAUGAGCCCGGUACCGGGAUGUCCGGAGGUCAGCAGCAGCGUCUGUGUAUUGCGCGAGCGAUUGCCGUCAGUCCGGAAGUGAUCCUGAUGGACGAGCCGUGUUCGGCACUUGACCCGAUCGCAACGGCUAAAGUCGAAGAACUGAUCGACGAAUUGCGCGAGAAUUUCACCAUCGUUAUCGUGACACAUUCCAUGCAGCAGGCGGCCCGUGUUUCGCAGCGUACGGCAUUUUUCCACCUUGGAAUUCUGGUCGAGGAAGGUUCAACGCAGGACAUCUUCACCAAUCCGAAAGACAAGCGUACGCAGGACUAUAUCACCGGCCGCUUCGGCUAA